AUGCUAUAUCAUGAAUUACCUGCAGCCCUGCAGUGUAUUUUCUGUAAAAUUACAAUGAAACAAACAAACUUAACCGUCAAAUAUGACUAACUGUAGAAGAAAACUAAGCUGAUUUGACAUAACUGUUUAACAGCUGUUCAAAUGGACAAUUAAUUGUAGCAUUUACAAUAGAAUCAACAUGUACAUUUUAUAAAUUACAUCUGCAAAUAGUCUGCUUUUACUUCAACGGGGAAGUUCCCGCCCUCUUUACGCUGAUUGGUUAGUUUAAGGAAGUAAUUCAACGCCUCGCUUCGAUUGGCCAAGAGACGUCACGUGGCAGGAGGAGUGCAACCAUGUAUUCUUACUGAUAUGUAACUGGCGUUGUUACGGUCUCGUCCGGUAGUAAAUAUUUAUAAAUCAAGUCUAGCUUUUAAACAAAUAAUAUCCCGAUUCUAUAUUGUAUAUGAGCUUGCAUUAGCAGGUAUGGUUAGCUGGUAACUUUAUGAAUAAUGUUCACAGAUGGUAUGUAUAUAGCUUUCACGGCACAAACAUGCGGAACACUUGGGACUUUGUUCAUGUGACCGUGACAGUACCUUGAGAACAUGGUGACUGUAACUUCAGCUUGACCAACUGUAAUGUAAUCAUUGAUUUGCUUGAGCCAGAUUUCAAUGAGAUAAGUGCUUCAUUGAAUAGCAUUUAGUUGGCCACGCAAUCCGGACUAAAGCCAGGGUUCAGUUACGUGCCUUCCAGACCCUCUCCAUCUGUCUCUUCCUUUUUCUUUCAUUGCCUUUUUCCUGUGUUACAAUUUUCGGCUGAAUGCAGCAGGCAUUGCCUCGGAUCAGUAGAGUAGUUAAGAAGGUUCAGCGAAUUGGAGGCCAAAUCAUCCCAAUGGCUCAGAACUGCACUGCAUCCUCCACACAGAAAGAUGGCGCUGUCACAGCAGCUAUACUCAUCAUAGGAGAUGAGAUCCUCAAGGGUCACACUGUCGACACUAAUAGUGCCUUCCUGUGCCGCGGACUUCGCAAGCUUGGCGUCACCGUAGAGCGAAUCACUGUUGUACCUGAUGUCCAGGAAGUCAUUGCUAAAGAAGUGGCACAGCUUUGCUCCUCUGUUACUCACCUCAUCACAUCCGGUGGCAUCGGUCCCACUCAUGACGAUGUCACUUUUGAGAGCGUUGCAAUGGCAUUUGGCGAAGGUCUGCACGCUCACCCUGAACUGACAAAGCUAGUGGAGGGGUUAUUUGGCCCACUCACUCCCAACAGUGCCCAAAUGAAGCUUGCCAUGGUUCCAGUUUCAGCCAAACUCAAUUUUGGCAUAGAUCCUCAGACAGGCCAGCGAAAUCGUUUUCCUCUUGUCAGUGUCCGCAACGUUUACAUAUUUCCUGGCAUCCCCUCUCUGCUGGAAAAGUCUUUCAAUGGACUGGCCCAUCUGUUUUCAGGUUCUGGGACUACCUUUCACACCCGUGAAGUGUUUGUGGAUGCAGACGAGACUGAUAUUGCCCAGUGUCUAACAAAACUGCAGGCAGGUUGGGGCAAGCGUGUCUCUCUGGGCUCUUACCCAGACUGGCUUAGUAAUUAUCAUCGUGUCCGAUUGGUUUUGGACUCUGGCAGUGCGGAAGAGGUGGAACGAGCAAGAACUCAACUAAUAGAAGAGCUACCUGAAAGAUCUGUGGUUCCUCUCAUCACUGACCCAGUGUCUGUCGCAGCUGAAGAGGUGUACGCACUCUCGAAAAGCGAGACAAUGCUGGGGAAGAAAGUAGCUGCAGCAUUGGGGACCAUUGAGAUGGCGAUGGAUAAAUACUUGACUAAUGAAAUCUGUGUUGGCUUUAAUGGUGGCAAAGACUGCACAGCUCUACUGCAUUUAUAUUAUGCUGCUCUGAAACGGCGGUAUCCAGAUAGUAACGACAGACUGAAAGCUUUGUACAUUCAAACUGUCUCUCCUUUUCCAGAAAUGGAGAGGUUUGUGCAGGAUACAAUUAAAAGAUAUGACCUGGAGCUGUUCUCGGUGGAGGGCAGUAUUCGGCAGGCUCUGCAUGAGGUCCGGGAAAGGAGGCCAGAUUUACAGGCAGUGCUGAUGGGAACGAGACAGACUGACCCUUACUCACACACGCUUACACCCCUCUGUCCCACAGACCCGGGCUGGCCUGAAUACAUGAGAGUCAACCCACUGCUGGAAUGGUCAUAUCAUGACAUCUGGUCGUUCCUCAGAACCUUGUAUGUGCCCUACUGCAUUCUGUAUGACAAAGGAUACACUUCUUUAGGCAGUAUGGAUAACACAUGCAGGAAUCCAUCUCUUAAAGUGGUGGACGAGAGAGGUGUGACUCGCUACAAACCUGCCUACAAGCUGGAAAAUGAGGAGGAGGAACGCAACUCAAGGGCAUGACUGACUUUUUAGACGUCUUAAUUUUUGUUAAAGAAGACUCGAUGGAUGACGUGCAACUGAGGACAUUUUGAAUAAGGAACUUAAUCUGAAAUAUCAUAUCAGAAACAGAUCUUUUAUUAAAAAAAAAAACAGUAGUUUGUGUACUGGAGUGUCUGUCUAUGAAUGUGGAAUGUGGAAAAGUGAGAAAUGUCACUGUAUGCUGUAUUUUAGAUUUAUAUUAAAACAGUAUCAGUGUCUUGUUCUUUUUUCAUAUCA